AUGGUCAUCCCAUCUGGGUCUUUCUUGUGCCGCCAGCCAUGGCAAUCAGCAGGCAAUGCAGCGGCCCUCGCGCCUCUCGUCCUUCUCUCCAAACCAUUGCGUUUGCACUUCCAAGGAGACGUUGCGCGCCAGGCCCCCCCCAAGGCGGAGCUGUACAUCGUGGAGCUGCGCACGGGGCUCCCCCUGGCGACGUACCGCGGGCAGAUCCCCGGAUACCCCGCCACCGCGCCCAGGGACGAUGGGCCCGACCUCGACAGCGCCUUCCCCGACGACCCCCCCGAGGCGGAGCUUCCGCCCGCGCCUGACGGGCUCGUGGGGGGAAGCGCGGAGGACUUGUGGGGGUGGCCGCCCGUUAAUGGGACGGAUGUUGGAUUAGGCACAGGGGAGGGGGCAGAGACAGGGACAGGGACAGGGGCCGGGGCAGGUGCGGGUGCGAGCACGGGCAUGACUGGAAACAGCAGCGCCGCUGGGGUACCAGGGACGGUGGGGAGUGCGGCAGCAGGUUCAACAGAAUCAUCGGCCGAAACCGACUCAUCAGGAGGAAAUGGACGGCUGCUUGUCUCCUCCUCCUCGUCCUCCUCCCCUCGGCCGUCAUCUCAACCGUCCGCCUCAACGCCACGGAACUCCCACAGCUUGAAACGACCCCGGUUGAACCUGAAGGCGGCGCACGUGCAGGCGUACAGGCAGAUGCUGCAGCGGCAGCAGCGGCAGGUGGCGGCAGACAUAGGCGUGGCCGCCACGGCCCUCGCGCACCACUUUCACAUCGCCUCCCACGGCUUCGCCGCCGCGCUCACGCCGCUGCAGCUCUGGCGGGUGAAGCGCCACCCCGCUGUGGCGGCCGUGCGCAGGAGCCGGAUUUUCCGCAAGCAUACAUUCGACUCGCCCGUGUUUCUCGGGUUGCCAGACUCGCUUUGGCAGACGGCGGGCGGGCAGAGCAGCGCGGGGGCGGAUGUGGUGGUGGGCGUCAUAGACACGGGCAUCUGGCCCGAACACAGCUCGUUCGACGACACGGGGCUGAGCGGCACGCCAGCGACGUGGCAGGGCACGUGCGAGACAUCGGCGGAUAUCAGCUGCAACGGCAAGCUGAUCGGCGCACGCAAGGUGUACAACGGGUUCAAGAAGGAGAGCAACGGCGGGCCCGACUUCUCGUACGACUAUGACUCGCCUCGCGACUCCGACGGCCAUGGCACUUG